CCUGGCCCCUGACGGUCGCGGGUGUCCGUUUGCGGGGCGCCUCCCCACGCGCCCGGAACCCCGGGGACGCGAGCUGUCGUGAUGCCCACUUUGCAGUUGGGAAGCUGAGGCCCAAGAGCUGCCCCUGGCCCGAGGGCCGCUGCUGGACUCAGCCGGCCAGCCUGCUCUCUGCUGCCAAGCGCCCCGAGAUUGGGCCCUCUCCCACGGGGUGCAGGCUUCAAGCUGGGAAAGAGGGGGUGAGGAAGGUUUGCUCUUGGGCCCGUGGCGUUUGUGUCCCCUCUGCCUUCAACCUGUUGCAGCGGCGUGAGCAUGGAGCCUGCACUCAAGAGUUUGCCCUGGCGUCCCUGUGUGACCGCCACCUCCCCUCAGACAGCCAGGGUAGGGGUGAACCUGCCCUUUCACAGAUAAGUCUCCCGGAAACUAACCGAGUAACAAGUUCUGACAUGGUGGGGGCGGUAAGGACCUGCACCUGGAUGUCAUGACUGCAGCCCCACCCCGUGUCCACUUACCUGGCUGCCAGUGACCCUUCCCGUCACUAGGAGGUGAGGUCGGACGAGGGCUGACCCCAGAGGCCUCAGCACUGUUGAGGAACCCUGUUGGGGCUGCUUGCCUGCUUCAAGGAAGCAGGGACUGUCUGUGCUGUUGCUGGAUGCACUUUACGUUUUCCUUCCUCUGCCCCUUUUUUGCCCCAGAUAAGGAAUCCUACUUCAUCACAGCGUGAAAGACAAAUCCUUCUCACUUUGGACCCAGCUGUCUUGGCAAACCUGAGUAAAGAAAAGUGUCUUUGACCCCAAAAGAGGCUGAGGGCGCCGUGGGCGGGGCGGGCGUGUGGUGGGUCAUGGCCGCAGCCUCUGAGGGCUCUGAGGAGGGUUUUCCUACCUGGAAAUGUCCCAUUAAGAUUUAUCCUAGAACGGUCACGCUCCAGCAGGCAGGGUUCAAUGUUUUUGUCCUCCUCAGGGCCAGCGGCCCCCAGCUAUGAUAUGGGGGGUUUUUCUGGAAGAACCAGCUUGCUUCUGUCUGUGGACAAGGCCGUGGGUUGGGAGGACACUCCAGACCUCUGCUGGGACGAGAGCUUCCAUUCAGUUCCUGCAGGUGUGCAUAUCUUCAGCAGGCCUUGGGGGAAGAUGGCGGCCCUGGGGGACAGUCAGAAGCCCCUUCAUGUCCUGUCCCCCAUCGGUCUCGAGUCACCGGGGACACCUGGAGCCCACCACCACCACGAGGCCCAGCUUCACCUCCACAGUCAUCAACAUGGCUUCCCCAGCUGCAGCCUUGAGGUGCUUUCCCAGCCACCCCAGGAGGAGGAGCUGUCGGACCUGGAUCUCCAGAACGUGGAGGAGGUCCAGACUGGCAGAGACACCUGCUGGCCGGGUGAGUGGACAGAACCUGCCCUGCGGCCCUGCCCAGGAAGAUUCCGAGUCAGAGCCCGCGCAGGCUCUGUCGUCCCCCCACCCACACGGUCCUGAAGACAAGGUGGACCAGGACGGGGGGGUGCUGAGGACCCUUCUGCAGAGCCUUCCCCAUAGACCCAAGUGUGGGGACAGCUUUGGGCCAGAGUCCAGCUUGGAGCAGCCAACAGGCCAGCCGCCUGGGGCCGGGCCCUGCACCCAGAAGAGAGGCACCUGGCGCCGGCCGCAGGGAGCCUCCGGGACGGAUGGCGUCCUAGACCGGGCUGCUGAGCUGGGGGACAGCUUCGGUCUGGGUGUGGGCCCCGGGGCCCGGCCGGCCGGCCCGCAGGGCGGGAAGCCGCACAGGUGUGAGGCCUGCGGCAAGAGCUUCAAGUACAACUCGCUGCUGCUGAAGCACCAGCGCAUCCACACCGGUGAGAAGCCCUACGCCUGCCACGAGUGCGGCAAGCGCUUCCGUGGCUGGUCGGGCUUCAUCCAGCACCACCGCAUCCACACAGGCGAGAAGCCCUAUGAGUGCGGCCAGUGCGGCCGCGCCUUCAGCCACAGCUCACACUUCACGCAGCACCUGCGCAUCCACAACGGUGAGAAGCCGUACGAGUGCGGCGAGUGCGGCCAGGCCUUCAGCCAGAGCUCCAACCUGGUGCGGCACCAGCGGCUGCACACGGGCGAGAAGCCGUACGCCUGCAGCCAGUGCGGCAAGGCCUUCAUCUGGAGCUCCGUGCUCAUCGAGCACCAGCGCAUCCACACGGGCGAGAAGCCCUAUGAGUGCCCCGACUGCGGCAAGGCCUUCCGCGGCCGCUCCCACUUCUUCCGGCACCUGCGGACCCACACGGGCGAAAAGCCCUUUGCCUGUGGCGCCUGCGGCAAGGCCUUCAGCCAGAGUUCCCAGCUCAUCCAGCACCAGAGGGUCCACUACCGGGAGUAGCGGGCGCAGGGGCCGUGGCUGGGCCACAGAGGGACGUGGGGCAGCGGCCUUGGAUGGCGGGGAGGGCUCCUGCCUUCUCAUCCUUACUGGCUGGCACAACCAGCACCACGUGCCAUGUCCCGAAUAAAUUCUUUUUACUCGAUGGAAA